GCUUGUCAUUGGACACAUUUUCUAUAAAUCUUUUUUUAAAUAUGCUGUAUAUUAAACGCAUCUUCAUUAAACUCUAGUGUGAAGUUGUAUUCUAUCCUAAAUGUUUCAACCUAUUAUUGUGGCUCUCGUCGUAUUGGGUGAGAUUGCUGGGGAGGUGUUAUCUGAUUGCAGUGAUAGGUGGAUAACAGUUUUAAAAACUGGAAAAAAUGGAGAGGAGAUCUACGGAAGAAAAAGAGACCUUGUAGACCACUUAUCGAGCGGAAGUGACAUUCGAUUUUCACUAGACGAUAAGGGAACAUAUUUUUCUUCUAUACAAUCGGCAUCCCUGUCAGGAAAUGAGAAUGUUUGUGUCCAAGCCCUUUUUCACAUCAGUAAAUCUGGUUUCAAUACGUUCCAAAGUGAUGCCUACUGGUGGUUUUUAUUGGUGUGUACAACGGGCCAUACACAUAUGUCCAGAUGGUCGGUAGGAGCUCAUACCGAUAGAGGUCAGACGAAAACUACCUACCCCGUGACGUGGUUUGCUAGAAAAUGGAGCUGUCGGACACGACCUACUUACUGCAACCAAAGAUCAGGUUGGAGAGAAUGUGGUGAUUUCUCUACAUUGACACACGCGGUGCAGAGAGGAGCGAAUGUUAAAGCUGCUUACCUAACUAUUGGGUAUGUUUCAGGCUUUACAAAUAUUGCGAUCUCGGGCGAUGGUCAGUCGUUAGCAGGACAGUAUCCAUGGCACGUAAGUCAAACUAAUGUCGGUAAUCAUAUCGAGUACCAACGAAAUCCUUAUUGGUGGGCCACCAUAUGGUCAACAACAGGGCGCUUGGAAAUGUCACGAUGGAAUGUUGGUGAACAUUCCAGUAGAGGGCAUGACCACGAGAACACCGCGAUGCAGUGGUUUGUAGAUAGCUGCUGGACUCUAGCAUAUAGUCAUGACAGUACUGGACGGCGUUUGGACGGGUCUCUCGACUUCUUUGUAGGAGCAGUGCUAGCAGGAAGAAGAGUCAGGGUGAAAAUGAGCGAGACAUACUUCGUGGAAACGGAUAAUGUCUAUGUGAGAAACGGGCAUGUUUCAGCUCAACUUUUGGGACACUUAUCAAAAAAGGAUACGUACUCCUUUCAAUCUGACGUGUAUUGGUACUGGCAAAUCGCUUCCACAACUGGGGAUGUAGAAACGACAAGGUACAAUAUUGGCAGUACUAAACACAGAGGAAACUCGAAUGCAAAAGCAUCCAUUGAAUGGUAUAUCGAGACAAGACCUUGGAAGAGAAUGCUGUCCACCUUCAGUAAUGGUACAGUCGGUUUUGGAUCUAAGAGUGAUUUGAUGAAUGCCGUGCGGAAAGGAUCGUUACUGAGAUUAGUUGUUCAAGAGGCAGCAAAUUCGUACAGCAUUAUAGAUGCAGACAACAUUGCGUUGGAAAACAAUGAAGUUGCUGCGCAGUCCAUUCGGUAUAUCAGUGACGAAAACGCAAGUGGAACAAUUCCAAGGCGAUUUAAAUCACCGCCAUUUUGGAAAUUCAUAUUGACAUCUACUGACGGAAAGCAGAGAGCUGUGUGGUGGAAAGUUGGCGAACAUACAUCUCUCCCGGAUACUCUGGAGAAUUAUCCUGUAGACUGGAUAAUCAGUUAAUUGUGUUAUAUGUACAAUAAAAAUAAAAAAAAGUGUUUCCCCAUCAUUCGCAAAGAAGGAAACACCUGCAAUCAUGA